AUGAGAGCAGUAAUUGGACUCGAGCUGUCGACGGUGCUACUGGGAGUUCGGACGGCUUGGCGAGAAGAAAAAGUUGCCCCUUUGCGGGCAACAGCGGCCGAAUUCGUACACGGAGAAACACUUCGAUUACCGGGGCAGUUUCUACAGCGGCAAAUAACAGAUGACUCGGGGAAUAUAACUGACUACGUCAAGGAGCUGCGUCGUCGUUUCGAUGAUUUGCGCCCGAUCGCGGGCACUCGCCACGGAGGACAGCAUCCAUUUGUUUUCAGAGAUUUGGCGACCACGGACUAUGUAUUCAUCCGUCACGAUGGACCGAAAGAGAUGCUGCGGCCACUUUACGAUGACUCUUUCGCAGUAACAAGCCGCGGCGACAAAAAUUUUACCAUGCGCGUGCAAAAAUAUUAUGGUAUCAAUAGACCGAUUAAACCAGCGUAUGUGAUUUCAGAUCUUAUCACAGAUGAUAGAUCACAGCUACCAGGGUCAAUGGAACAUGGCAAAUCCGAUGUAAAUGCGGGCUUGAGACAGUCGGAAAACACAAGCCGUACCAGGACGACCGGAUAUCGUGACGAAGUCAGGAAGGAGAAUGUGAUUCCCAGACUAUUUCCAGGCUGGAUCGACAUAAAUCUAAAUUUUAAAUAA